CUGGAACCACAACAAGCGUGCCGAUGCCAAACAUUCCCUCAAUGGAGCCGGCAUUUUAAUUCUAUCUGCGACAUGAGGUGCAGCUUCCUGUAGCCAGCAUGGCGCCGGGCGACGUGGCGCCGGAGCACGCCAAGCAGCCCAGGGCCAAGGACAAGCGCCCCGGGAGCCGCGCCGCCAAGCCGGAGUGCGAGCCCGACGGCUCCUUCGUGUUCGAGGCCCACGAGGCCUGGAAGGACUUCCACAACUCGCUGCGCCAUUUCUACGAAGUGGGCGAGCUGUGCGACGUCACGCUGAAGGUGGGCAGUCGGCUGAUACCAUGUCACAAGCUGGUGCUGGCCUGCGUUAUCCCUUAUUUCAGAGCCAUGUUCCUGUCGGAGAUGUCGGAGGCCAAGCAGGAGCUGAUCGAGAUCAAGGACUUUGACGGCGACGCCAUCCAGGACCUGGUGCACUUCGCGUACUCGUCCAAGCUCACGCUGACGGUGGACAACGUCCAGCCGCUGCUGUACGCCGCCUGCAUCCUGCAGGUGGAGCUGGUGGCCCGGGCCUGCUGCGAGUACAUGAAGGCCCACUUCCACCCCACCAACUGCCUGGCGGUCCGGACCUUCGCCGAGAGCCACAACCGCGUGGACCUGAUGGACAUGGCGGACCGCUACGCCUGCGAGCACUUCACCGAGGUGGUGGAGUGCGAGGACUUCACCUGCGUGUCGCCGCAGCACCUGCGCACCCUGCUGUCCUCCGCCGAGCUCAACAUCCACUCCGAGACGCAGGUGUACAACGCCGCCGUCAAGUGGCUGAGGGCCAACCCGCAGCACCACGAGGUCUGGCUGGACCAGAUCAUGUCCCAGGUGCGCCUCCCUCUGCUUCCUGUGGACUUCCUGACCGGGACUGUGGCGAAGGACGACAUGAUCCGGGGAAACCUGAGCUGCCGGGACCUGAUGGACGAGGCCCGGAACUACCACCUGCACCUCAGCAACAAGGCGGUGCCCGAGUUCGAGUACUCGGUCCGCAGCGUGCCCAGGAAGCACACCGCAGGGGUGCUGUUCUGCGUGGGAGGUCGCGGCGGCUCCGGCGACCCGUUCCGCAGCAUCGAGUGCUACUCCAUCACCAAGAACAGCUGGUUCUUCGGGCCCGAGAUGAACAGCAGGCGGCGCCACGUCGGGGUCAUAUCUGUCGGAGGGAAGGUUUAUGCUGUGGGGGGUCACGAUGGCAACGAGCACCUGGGCAACAUGGAGGUGUUCGACCCGCUGACCAACAAGUGGAUGAUGAAGGCCUCUAUGAACACCAAGCGGAGGGGCAUCGCCCUGGCGGCCCUCGGCGGUCCCAUCUACGCCAUCGGCGGUCUGGACGACAACACCUGCUUCAACGACGUGGAGCGCUACGACAUCGAGAGCGACUGCUGGAGCGCCGUGGCGUCCAUGAACACGCCCCGCGGCGGCGUGGGAUCGGUGGCUCUGGGGAGCUACGUGUACGCCGUGGGCGGGAACGACAGCGUGGCGUCGCUGUCCAGCGUGGAGCGCUUCAACCCCCACCUCAACAAGUGGACCGAGGUCAGCGAGAUGGGCCAGCGCCGCGCCGGCAACGGCGUCAGCAAGCUCAACGGCUGCCUCUACGUCGUGGGCGGUUUUGACGACAACUCUCCGCUGAGCUCGGUGGAGCGCUUCGACCCGCGGAUGCACCGCUGGGAGUACGUGUCGGAGCUCACCACCCCGCGGGGGGGCGUGGGCGUGGCCACCGUCAUGGGCCGGGUGUUCGCCGUGGGCGGGCACAACGGGAACAUCUACCUGAACACGGUGGAGGCGUUCGAGCCCCGCAUGAACAGGUGGGAGCUGGUGGGCUCGGUGUCUCACUGCCGGGCCGGCGCCGGCGCCGCCGUCUGCUCGUCCCACGUCAGCCAGAUCCGAGACGUCGGCCAGGGAUCCAGCAACGUGGUCAACUGCAUGUGACGGCCGGCCGGCGCGCUCGCCGCCGGGACCGCCCGCUGCCACGCCCCCCGAGCCCCACGCCGCGGCCAGCCCGGGCCGCGGCCCGCACACACACUCUACUGACCCGGAGCGGUUCCAUCGACCAUCUGCAACACUUCUGGAGGCAGCAGUGUGGGGCUGAUACAGAAGCACAGCAACACUCUGUGCGUGUGUGUGUGUGUGUGUGUGUGUGUGUGUGUGUGUGUGUCUCUGUGUGUGUGUCUCUGUGUGUGUGUCUCUGUGUGUGUGUCUGUGUGUGUGUGUGUCUGUGUGUGUGUUCAAACCGCACUGGCAGCAUUUUGCUCUUCAGACCAAUCAAAGGUUUGUUUAUAUCUGCGGGUUUUUUUUACCCUCAGUCUGCACUCACAGGAUUUUAUCUUUGAACGAAGCACAGUGGAGUUUUUAAUCUUUCACGUCAUUAUUCAGGUUAACUUUAGAAGAGUUCCACGUUUCCAGCAGUGAUCUGGGUGAAGAGACGGCGUCUCCGCCUGUUGUAGACGACUGUAACAUUUACCGCUGCUAGAAGUCGACACUGAGGGCGAGAAAACCCAGAAUUACAAACGAAUGGAUUGAAUACACACAUUUACAGGUCCUCGUUUAAACACACACACUCACACACACUCUGUCUGCUUGUGUGUGAGCCUCUCGCCAACAUUUCAUUCAUCUAAACGAUGUUCCUGACUCUGCUGAGCUGCAGACGGAGUUUCUCUUCUAAGGUGCGUUUCAGAGACGUUCUGCUCAGCGGUUCAGGCUGGAGGUGAACCGGUUCUCACCGGAUCACACCGGUUCUGAGCGGUUCUGACCAGUUCUGCAGCGGCUGCUGCUGUUGUUGUUUGAACAAUCAUUUGAAGCUCGCUGGAGCGGCCUGAGUUUCAGGAGAGCUGUAAGUGCCAAACCCUGAAAACCAGACCCGACGUCACCGAGCCCUGAACCUAAAUCCCCUCACUCCGACCUCCGACCUCUGACCUGAAGCGAGGCGCCACCACUCCGACCCGAGAGCCAAAUCACAGCAAUACGGCGCGUUUCCUCAGCUCUCCUCCUCUCCCGACCGUACGACCGACCGGAACGUUGAGCGGCCGACUCUCCAGCUGAAGACUUGUUUGACGAUGGCUGGCCUGUCCCAAACCCUGAUUCCCGUCCCCGUCCUGUCCCCGUCCUGUCCCCGUCCCCACACGGGUUAACAUUCAAUCCGAGGCCUGCGUCUGCAGAAGGCUCAGUUAUAUUUUAAUAUAUAGACAUUUUUGUAUCAUAAGAAAGGCAGAUCUUUGGUAUCCUCCUCGACUAUCUAAUCCGUUGCUGUGCACUAUUUUCCUAGAAUAGACGUGAAGUUUCAGUAUAUUUUUGUCAUACAUGGAGAAUUUGAAGUUAUUCAUGUCAAGUUUGAAGAUGUUUAUUUAACACAGAUUUCUGAGGUACUGAAGAAAAAAAAGAAAACUCCUCUUGGCAGCAGUUUUGUUUUCAGUUGAGAGAAACGAUGUUUCCUGUUUGUAUCCGAGUAUCUUCCUGAAGCGUUUGUGUCCUGCUGGUAUUUAAACCAUCAAUCGUUUCUACGACACGACUGAAGCCAACUUUGUGAAGCAGUCUUUUGUAAACCUGGAUGUUCAGACUUGGUGUGUUGUUCUUCUUUCUUUCUCCCGUCGUGGUGAGUUUAUCCACAUGGUGUUGAAAUAAAGUGGAGUCUU